GCUGGUGCCGGCGACGGAAGCCAAGACGAUGACACGCGGGGGACGCCAGGCUCGGAAAGCAGAGGGAUGGCGCGCCCAGGUCAGGGGGACCCCGUCACCGUCCCCCAAGGCGGGUCUUGCUCUCAGGCCCGCGCGUGGCCCCUUGAGUCUGAGAAGCUCCGUCUGGGCCCGCCAGAGGGCGCCCGCGGCCAGAGAGGGGGCGGGGCCGCGGAGCCGGGAAGGGCCGCCGCGGAGCCGGGGCCGCCCCGCGGGGUCUGCGGCCGAGGGCCGAGGGUCGGAUGGCUGGCGGGGAAUCCGCAUUCGGGCGUCGGACGCUCAGUGGAGCCGGUUUCCGGGCCUUGAACGCUCAGGGAGCGAGUGCUUCUCAGACGUCGGGGCAGCUGGGAUGCCGUCACCCCAGACCCUCCCCUCUUCCCCCUUUCACCCCUCCGUCGUCCAGCCGGGGGGCGGGGGAGGGGGGCCGGUGGGUGCUGCUCCUAGGUCGGGGCUGGGGCCGGUCUCCGGGCUCUGGCACCCCCGUGCCCCUGGCAUAGGAGCGGCCCCUUGAGAGUCCACGGAUAGGGCUGGGGCUGGGGAGCCCACUCUUGGGGGGGUUCGCUCCCCGAACCCUCUCCGGGCCCCCCUUGGCUCCGCCCCGGACCCAGGCCCCGCCCCGCCCCGCCUGGGCCGCCCCGCCCACUCCCUUCGGCCGGCCCGGGAGCCCCGGGGGCCGCCGCAGCCGCCUCUCGAGCGGCCGCCAUGCGCGUUGGCCCCGUCGCCCCGCUGCUCCAGCUGCUGCUCCUGCUGGGGCCGCGGCUGCAAGCUGUGGGCGUCACGGAGCCGCCGCUGCCCGCCGUGGUCCUUGCCAUCCUGGCCCGCAAUGCCGAGCACUCACUGCCCCACUACCUGGGCGCGCUGGAGCGGCUGGACUACCCCCGGGCCAGGCUGGCCCUCUGGUGUGCCACGGACCACAACGUGGACACCACCACCAAGAUGCUGCAGGAGUGGCUGGCGGCUGUGGGUGAUGACUAUGCAGCUGUGGUCUGGAGGCCCGAGGGGGAGCCUAGGUCCUACCCAGACGAAGAGGGUCCCAAGCACUGGACCAGAGAAAGGCACCAGUUUCUGAUGGAGUUGAAACAGGAAGCCCUGACCUUUGCCAGAGACUGGGGGGCUGAUUAUAUCCUGUUUGCAGAUACAGACAACAUUCUGACCAACAACCAGACACUGCGGCUUCUGAUAGAGCAGGGGCUGCCCGUGGUGGCCCCAAUGUUGGAUUCCCAAACCUACUACUCCAAUUUCUGGUGUGGGAUCACCCCCCAGGGUUAUUACCGCCGCACAGCUGAGUACUUCCCCACCAAGAACCGCCAGCGCCAGGGCUGCUUCCGUGUCCCCAUGGUCCAUUCCACCUUCCUGGUAUCCUUGCGGGCUGAGGGGGCAGCCCAGCUUGCCUUCUACCCCCCUCACCCUAACUACACCUGGCCCUUCGAUGACAUCAUUGUCUUCGCCUAUGCCUGUCAGGCUGCUGGGGUCUCAGUCCAUGUAUGCAACGAGCACCGUUAUGGGUACAUGAAUGUGCCCGUGAAAUCCCACCAGGGGCUGGAGGAUGAGAGGGUCAACUUCAUCCAUCUGAUCUUGGAAGCUCUAGUGGAUGGCCCCCCCAUGUGGGCCUCGGCUCAUGUGUCCCGGCCCCCAAAGAAGCCCAGCAGGAUGGGGUUUGAUGAGGUCUUUGUCAUCAGCCUGGCCCGCCGGCCCGACCGCCGAGCACGCAUGCUGAGCUCACUCUGGGAGAUGGAGAUUUCUGGGCGGGUAGUGGAUGGCGUGGAUGGCCGGAUGCUCAACAGCAGUGUCAUGAGGAGCCUCGGCGUGGACCUGCUCCCCGGGUACCAGGACCCCUACUCGGGCCGCACGCUGACCAAGGGCGAGGUGGGCUGCUUCCUCAGCCACUACAACAUCUGGGAGGAGGUGGCUGCCAGGGGCCUGGCCCAGGUCGUGGUGUUUGAGGAUGAUGUGCGCUUCGAGAGCAACUUUAGGAGGCGGCUGGAGCGGCUGAUGGAAGAGGUGGAAGCAGAGAAACUUCCAUGGGACCUGAUCUACCUCGGCCGGAAGCAGGUGAAUCCUGAAGAGGAAGAGGCCGUGGAGGGGCUGCCACACCUGGUGGUGGCUGGGUACUCCUACUGGACACUGGCGUAUGUCCUGAGCCUGGCAGGUGCCCGCAAGCUGCUGGCCUCCCAGCCCCUGCGCCGAAUGCUGCCUGUGGAUGAGUUCCUGCCCAUCAUGUUUGACCAGCACCCCAACGAGCAGUACAAGGCACACUUCUGGCCCAGGGACCUGCGGGCCUUCUCAGCCUGGCCCCUGCUUGCUGCCCCCACCCACUAUGCGGGUGAUGCUGAGUGGCUCAGCGACACAGAGACGUCCUCGCCCUGGGAUGACGACAGCGGCCGCCUCAUCAGCUGGAGUGGGUCUCACAAGACCCUGCGCGGGCCCCGCCUGGACCUGGCCGGCAGCAGUGGGCACAGCCUCCAUCCCCACCCCCGGAAUGAGCUCUAGGACCAGGUGCUGAUUCCAGAGUCGUGCCCAGGAGCAGGCGUAGCCCGCCAGGGAGCAGAGCUGGGGAUCGCUGGCAGGAGCUGCCACCAGGAGCCAGCAGAGACCGGGCCACCACCUCAGGCAUGGCCACUCCGGGUUACCUGGGGAGAAACCACUCCGAGACGGGUCCCCUUCCCCAAAGGUCACAAAGCAAAAAGGAAGGGCUCAUAGGCCCUUUUAAACUUCCGGGCCUGACUCAGGGCCUGGGGGGAGGGAAGGAAGGAGGCUUCCAGCCUUCAGUUUCAAGCUGCGCAGACAUUCGGAGCCCCGCCCUCCCUGAGGACCCAGCUGCUGGGGCCCCUCUGCCCCCUUCUACCUCCACCUCAGCCCUCUCCCCAGCUUGACGCCUGGGUCUCACCUGCCUGGGCCCACCCAGGGCAGCACGGAGUGCAAGGAGGUGGGAGGAGGACCCUUGCAGGCCUGGUGCCCGGCGCACAGUAGGUCCUCAAUAAAAGUUGACUGCACUUUA